AAUACGUUGAAGCGUGGGUACCGCGGCUGCUGCGUGUUUUGUAACAUUCUAGAAGAUUUUUACAAACAAGAGAGCAAACAUCUUGAAUUUAAUACAGCAAAAGUAGUGCGCUGGUCGUUCGAAAUUCGUAGAAAGUAGUGUAAUUACGUUAAAUUGGUAGCAGUAAAUAGUUGACAAUGGUUGAUUACAGCAAGUGGAAGGAUAUCGAGAUCUCGGAUGACGAAGAUGACACCCAUCCAAAUAUCGAUACUCCGUCGCUGUUCCGGUGGCGGCAUCAAGCCCGAGUGGAACGAAUGGAGGAACAGAAGAAGGAGAAGGAGAAAAUAGAUGACAAGAAACGAACAACCGAGAAGAAGAUGGAGGAAGUCAAAGGAAAGUUGCAGCAAAAGGAUGGAAAUUUCGACGAGUUAAAGAAGAGUUUGGAUGAGCUGGAAAAGGAACAAGCCAGAGUUCGGAAUGAGGAAGAGGAAUUGAAGAAGAAGGAGAAGCUCCAACCGUGGAAUGUGGAUACAAUUAGUAAGGAGGGUUUUCAGAAGACCGUCAUCAACAGGAGCGUAAUUAAUAAGAAGCCGGAACUAACGGAGGAUCAGAAGGAAAUGAAUUUGCGGGAGUUUAUCAAAGUGAAUGAGAAGCAGCUGAAGCAGUUUGGAAUGAUGCGGAAGUAUGAAGAUUCCAGAGUGUUUUUGCGCGACAAUCAUAAACUCGUGUGUGAGGAUACGGCUAACUAUUUGGUGAUCUGGUGUAUUGAACUGGAAAUGCAGGACAAACACGAUCUGAUGGCCCACGUUGCCCACCAAUGCAUCUGUAUGCAGUAUAUUAUGGACAUUGCCAAACAGCUUGAUGUCGACCCCCGUGCCUGUGUUGAAUCCUUCUUCCAGCGCAUCCAAGUAGCCGAAGCCGAGUACAAAAAGCAGUUCCGGUCGGAGAUCGAGGCAUUCAAGGAACGCAUCCGGAAGCGUGCCCAGGAGAAGAAGCAAAAAGCCAUCGAGGAGCAGGAGGAGGAAGAGCGGAAAGCCCGCUUGGGCCCGGGAGGUUUGGAUCCGGUGGAGGUGUUCGAGUCGCUCCCCGAAGUGUUGCAGAAAUGUUUCGAGACGCGCGACAUUGGAAUGCUGCAGGAAGCGAUGAGCAAACUGCCCGAGGAGGAAGCUCGCUACCACUUGAAGCGUUGUAUAGAUUCCGGUAUGUGGGUUCCGGACGGCAAUAAGGGUGUGUUGGACAUCAAGUCGGAUGACAAUGCAGCUGAGAGUGAGGAAGCAAAGAGUGAUGAUAAAAAUGAAACUGAUUAAUUGCCAUUUUCAACCUACAUGGAAAGGAUUAUUUACUCCAGCUGCGGUGUAAUUCAGAAUCCGGAACACUAAUCUACAAUAAGUUUUCCUAGAGAAUAAUUUUCUUUAACCCCGUUUUUGCGUCCGCAAACCUUCCGUAGAAAAUUAAAUAUGUAUGCCGUAAAUUUGCAGUAAAGAACAAUUAUCUGCCAAUUGUCGAGAAAAUUUGUUUCAAAUUCCAAAAAACAUGAACAGCAUUUUUAUGCUGCUUCAUAAUAAAAUCGUGAAAACAAUUGAAUUGAAACAUGUUAUUCUGAUCAUUAUUGUGAAGUUACUUCAAAUUCUUACUACUUUUUUAUUUGAUGUAUGCUAAAUCAUUUUUCCUAUAUAAAUCACUUUAAUGAUUUUAUAUAUGUAUGCUACUACUAUAUGUUGAAUAAUAAAUGUGUCCUGCUAAAUAA